AUGGGUGCCAGGGCACAACGGACACCAGUCACCCCUACGCGGGCAGUUGGUACGGGUGCAGGAGUGAACUGGUUCACAGCUGCCCCAACCUGGGAGCCAGAACAGGCACUGGCAAUGGCUGAGCGUCUGCUGUCCCCACCCGAGGAGCAGGCUCACACAGCACUGGACAGAGACCCUCCUCCCCCAGCUAAACAUCCAAUCACUACAUCUUGCGGCCCUCCCAGUAUACUUUCAGACUGUGUCGCCAUCGAUGGAUUUGCUAUGCAGGCCAGCAAGCCCACUCGGUCCUACCAGUUGAGUGCCGACCUGUAUGGAGCUGGAAGCAGGUCUCUGGAAGAGGUGUGGAUCACAGCAAUCAUCGCCGGCUGGGACGCGCUCCUAGCUGGAUGUCCUGUUUCUAACGGAGACCUGGAUUCGCCCCGGACCGUGGGCAGGGGUGGAGGGCUAGCCUCGGUUUUUAGAAGUAAAUUCCGAGUGCGGCAACUGCCUCCUGCCUCGUAUUCCAGCUUCGAAGUACAACUACUGGAGCUGUCCGGUUCCCCCCGGACCCUCUGCGCGGUGGUGUAUCGACCUCCGAAGCGCAAUAAGGAUUUUAUCCCAAAACACUCACUAAAUAGUUUCUUCACUGGAUCCUAUGAAGACCCAAAUAUCUCAGAGUUUAUGGGUGUUAUAGUGAUUGAUGGCAUUCAGACAGUAUACUGUGACAGAAACAGCAAGACACUGGAACCAAGACAGGACUGGAUGAAGAAAAUAUUUGAUAAAAAUGCUCAGAUGUUGGAGAUGUUCACUCAGCAGUGUUUUGUGAGUCUGCCAAGCUUCUUCAGAACCCAGAUUUCUAGCUUGAAGCAGCAGUUCAACCAAAGUGGAGGUGUCCAGAUUUUACAGAUAAUAAGUGGCUGUGAAUGGGAUCAAAACACUGGUGAGGUGACAGGUGUGAUAAAGUAUGGAUGGAAUGGAGAGGAUUUUCUUGAGUUUGAUGUGAAGACACUGACAUGGAUUGCACUGAACCCAGAAGCUCUCAUUACCAAACAGACCCGGGACACUGACAGAUCUGUACUCAAACACAAUGAAAACUUCCUCACUCAGAUGUGUCCAACGUGGCUGAAGAUGUAUGUGGACAGCGAUAUUUCCACCCUGCUGAGAAAAGUUUUUCCUUCCAUUUCUCUCCUCCGGAAGACUCCCUCCUCUCCAGUCACCUGCCACGCUACAGGUUUCUACCCUCAAAGGGCCAUGAUGUUCUGGAGGAAAGAUGGAGUGGAGAUCCAUGAAGGUGUGGAUCCCGGAGAGAUCCUGCCCAACAAUGAUGGGACCUUCCAGAUGAGUGUUGGCCUGAAUGUUUCAUCAGUCACACCUGAGGAGUGGAAAAGAUAUGAGUGUGUGUUUCAGUUUUCUAACGCUGAGGACAGCAUCAUUACCAACCUGAAUACAACCAUCAACUGGCGAAAAAACAAAUUUAGACAUGAUCAAAAAAUCCUCAUCAUUGUUGCAGUGGUUGUUCCUGUUGUCAUCAUCAUUGCUGUCACUGUAAUUGCCAUUCACAAAGUGAAAGAAGGGAGAGCUUUGGAUUUCCUGUUCUUCAGCGGUGCAUACCUGAUUGGCAUGUUCACUGUCACUAUAAGAGCUGACAAGCUUCCUGCCUUCUAUCCUCACGGUCAAUGGAGCUCUUUUCUCCCCAGACCUGGAAGAAAAGCCCUCGAGGAAGCUCCCACCACCCACUGUGCUCACCUCCACCUGUUUGUGUGCAAUAAAGACUGA